UGUUUCCCAGACCUGUCCAGGGUGAACGACAUCACCCACUUUGAAAUGCAGCUCCAGGGAUGCAAAAUGUAUUUUUUAAAAAGUUAUUUGGUGAGGGAAGGUCCUGAGGUCCAAGUUUCUCUCAGUCAGUGCAAAUCUGACCUCUGCUCUGUCCUCUGGCCUCGUUCUGAAAAGAUGAACAAAUGGAGAACCGUGAGUAUCUACUAAGAAGCAGAGGAGUGCCAGGUCCUCUGACCCGGAUCAUCACCUUCUGUUCCAUUCAGUAUAUCCUUUUAUGGUGUAUCUGUUAAACAAUAAAGCUAAUAAAUCUCUACUUUCUUUAAAGUCAAAGAAAUUGGAAUUAGAACUUUGUAAUUGGCAACCAUAAAACUGGGAAGGAACCCACACAGCCUAGGAAGGGAGAAUAAAGAGAAAGCAGAACCACCCGCUUCUUGGUGCAAUGAUAGCAGACACGUGGACAAUGUGGAGUUACACAAUCCAAAUUUGCUUUCAUUUCAUCUCUCAGGAAAAGCUUACUACAAACAGGGAGGGACCAAGCUCACAGGAGACAGAUGCCCAAUAUGAGAGAGCGGUUAUUAUGGAACACGAACCCAGUUUGUCUCUUGGUCCAAGUGAAUUAUACUUCAGGCUCUGGAGCAAGUGUGAGGAUGAAUCCCUGUCUGGGAUAAUUAAGCAGGACAUUCUGUGCUACUCUUCCUUGGUGGAUGCUGGAGAAUCAACUGGCCAUCCUCAGGUUUCCAAUCAGUUGCUUAGAAGACCAGCCAGGGUCUACGAAGCUCCAGGUAAGUCCCAGCGUCUUUCUCAGGAGCCAUUUAUUUGACCUUAGUUCUGAUCUGAGAGUCUCCACCUUUUCCAAAUCACCAAGGUGGUCGAAAAGGCCCUGCGGUUGAGAAAUUUUUCCUUUGUUGGAGAAUCUCGGCCCCAGACCCCGCAUUUGGGCGUGUAGCAUCUUUAGGCCCAUGGCUUAUGCCCCGACUGCGCUUUUCAAGUUCAAAGCCGGGACUCGGUUCUCCAGAUCUGGCGGGUGUGGUUCAGACUGCACGUUUCGCUCAACGCACCCAAGAACAUGUUUUGGACUCCCGCGGCGAGGGGCGGUGGGAGAGGGUAUGGGUUUGCAUCGGGACAGGGCGCGCAUCCGCACACACUCUCCAAACCUGGGCGUGGUCGCCCUGAGCACGAGGUCCCGAGCCGAGUCCCGCGCUCCUCUAGGAGCCCGCGAGCGCCCCCCUUCCCCCGCCGGCGCUCAGGCAGGGGCCGCCGGGAUCCUACCCCUUGGCGCGCACCCCUGACCCGCCCCGCCCCGCGGCGGCCACGAGGGGCGGGCGGAGCGCUAGGAGAGAGGCGCGUUGGGCUGUGCGGCGCCGCCUCUCCUCCUUGCCGGGGGAGGGACGGAGGGGCAGGGCGGGAGAGAAAGAAAGCCCGACUGACCGGCUGGCCAAGAGCUGCAUGCAACCGGUGGGAGGCCGGGCCGGCUGGGGCUGGGGCUUGGGCUCGGGCCGUUUCUCGGCGGGUCCCUGGCGGCGAGCGCGGACGGCCCGGAGGCGGCGGCUCUGAGCUGGCAGGCGGAGGGUUGUCUCCCGCGCCCGCCUGCCGGGCUCGGUCCGAGGAUGCGGGGGGGCGAUGCCCGGGGCCAGGGACGCGCUCUGUCACCAGGCGCUGCAGCUGCUGGCCGAGCUCUGUGCCCGCGGGGCCCUGGAGCACGACAGCUGCCAGGAUUUCAUCUACCACCUGCGGGACCGCGCCAGACCCCGGCUCCGAGACCCAGAUAUCUCAGUGAGCCUGCUGACCCUUGUGGUCACCGCCUGUGGCCUCGCCCUCUUUGGCGUGUCUCUCUUCGUGUCUUGGAAACUCUGCUGGGUUCCGUGGCGAGAACGAGGCCUGUUCUCUGGUAGCAAAGACAACAACCAGGAGCCUCUUAACUACAUGGACACAGAGACCAACGAGCAGGAGAACAGCGAGGGCUUCCUAGACCCUCCCACCCCUUGUCCAGACUCCUCCAUGAAGAUCAGCCACACCUCCCCUGACAUUCCCCUCGCGACCCAGACAGGGGACCGGGAGAACUGUGCCCAUGGCGUCCGCGUACAGCGCCAAGUCACAGAGCCAACAGCCUCAUCAGCUCGGCAUAAUUCAAUCCGAAGACAACUCAACCUGUCAAACCCAGACUUCAAUAUCCAACAGCUUCAAAAACAGGAACAGUUGACUGGAAUUGGUCGAAUUAAACCGGAGUUAUAUAAGCAGAGGUCAUUGGAUAAUGAGGAUGGGAAGAGGAGUAACAGCAAAGCCUGUGGGAAGCUGAACUUCAUUUUAAAAUAUGACUGUGACUUAGAGCAACUCAUAGUGAAGAUUCACAAAGCUGUCAAUUUGCCCGCCAAGGACUUUUCUGGGACGUCAGAUCCUUAUGUCAAGAUCUAUUUGCUUCCCGAUCGGAAAACAAAACACCAGACUAAAGUUCACAGAAAGACCCUGAACCCUGUGUUUGAUGAAGUGUUUUUGUUUCCGGUUCCCUACAAUGACCUUGUAGCUCGGAAGCUUCACUUCUCUGUCUAUGACUUUGACAGGUUCUCUCGCCAUGACUUAAUCGGCCAAGUGGUGGUGGAUCACUUCUUAGACUUGGCUGAUUUCCCCAGGGAGUGCAUCCUUUGGAAGGACAUCGAAUAUGUCACCAAUGACAACGUGGAUCUUGGAGAGCUGAUGUUUUCCCUCUGCUAUCUUCCCACGGCUGGCAGGCUGACCAUUACCAUUAUAAAAGCAAGGAAUUUAAAGGCAAUGGACAUAACGGGAGCAUCAGAUCCCUACGUGAAAGUCUCAUUGAUGUCUGAUGGCAGACGAUUGAAGAAGAGGAAAACGUCCACCAAGAGGAACACUCUGAACCCUGUUUACAACGAAGCCAUAGUCUUUGACGUCCCUCCCGAGAAUAUUGACCAAAUCUACUUGUCCAUAGCGGUCAUGGACUACGACCGUGUAGGUCACAAUGAGAUCAUCGGCGUGUGUCAAGUAGGCAACGAAGCCGAGAGGCUGGGCAGAGACCACUGGAGUGAGAUGUUGUCGUAUCCGCGCAAGCCCAUUGCACACUGGCAUUCCCUGGUGGAGAACAGAAAUCCUGACACAAACGAUUAAACAAUGAGAAAUGUAUCAUCUGGCUAAGGAAUUAGAGAAACGAUGACUGUGGGUAAGAGGACCACUUAUGCCAAGAACACAGUAGGACAACCAUCUUACAAAGAUCUUCAGUAACUUUUCCCAUCCAACAACAUCUAGACGACGCCAGUGACCAAAUAUUCAGCUGUAACCACAGCAGUAACUGGCCCUCUUUCCAGAUUGGGUUUGCUGAACGUGAACAGUCCAGCUGUCUUCAGGUGGCCUAAGGUGGUAUGCUGUAGGGGAAGCACAUCUCUUCUGGCCAAGAAUUGAGAUUGGACUAUGGAAGAAAGCACCUGAUACAGUGAGAGUACUCAGAGUACCUAAAGGACUCUUAAUGAUUAACAUAAGGCCCUUGGUGAUGGGGUCUUAGCAGCUGCCCUGGCAAUGUCACUCUGACAUGAUGUUAUUUGCUCGAAGGCCCUGGAAGGACAGAAUAUUUUCACAUCUAUCCAGGUGCUAAAUAGGAAGCAGUUCUAAUUCACACUGGACUACCACUGAGCUAAUAGUUGUCUCCAGAAAAUAAUUUCACCCAAGAAGUACUCCAGCUUUGCAAGGAAUAGCCCCAGGAGAGUAAUAGGAUAAACAAGCUGUUACCCUGGAGAAAAUCGAGUACAAAGAGGUCUAGUUCACAGCAAAUUCUCUGCCUGCUCCCAUGUACAUGGCAGUGAGUACCAGUUGAUCAUGGCCCUCUCCUCUGCUAAACCCAGACGUGAGGAGUCAGAAUCCCCAACACUGUUUUCAAGAUGGCCAGUAGCCACUUCCUUUCAACUGGUGUUGGCAAUGAGAAUGAAAGUUCAUUGUCAUCCCUGUUAGAGAGGCAUACAUCUCAGUGGCAUAGGCAUUCUGGAAUACCUUUCCCAGGUACAUUUGUCCACUGAGGGAACAGCCUCAGAAACAGAAGUACCAUUGAGUGAGCUGAGUUCCUGGAGAGAUGAUACGGCUGGCCCCUGAUUCAAGGCACAACUUUUGGGCCUUCUUGGCCUGAGUGCCUUUUGGGGUAUUUCCAUGUGCAACAGCCCAGAGGCAUAGCCUUGGGCAGCCACCGACAGGUUUCCUUUCACUUCUGGACACAUGCAUCACUUUCACAGCACUUGGGGAAUGGAAAUACCUGCAGGAGUGAAGGUCAAGGACUCUCCCCGGGUAUCACAUUCAUUACUCAGCUUCCUUUGUGACCACAUCAGCCAACCCACUGCCAGCUGUGUUCUUCAUCCUCAUUGCUUCUGCCUCCAUACAAAUGAAACUAAAGGCCUCAGCAUGUCCUGGGGGUGGUAUUGUUACCUCUCUCUCCCAUUAUAGGUGUAAGGUGCCCCGUCCGUACAUUUGCACCAUUUCUCCAAGACAGCAUUUCCCUUUCAUACAAUCGCUUUGCAGCAGAAUCCAGAGUUGGACUGUAGUUUACCGUCCUGGGAAGCUCAUUUAUCUUCAUUUGAAUUAACACUUCCAUGUGGGACUAACUGGGUGGAAGCACAAUCAUUGCAGGUCUUCAGAAAGUUCUUAUUGCCACAGCUACCCAGUACAAGAAACUACCCCAAUGUCAAACCUUAAAGGGAUGGAGACCUUUGGUUGUAUGAGGCGGUGUUACAAUAUUCCAGCUUCAUGUGUUCCCCAGCCUGCCUAAUCCAUUUCCAUCUCUGACUGGCUUUCAACCUCCAGGAUCCAAAGGGAACCCAAGAUUCUGCCUAUGUCUUUGACAUGAGAAGAAUUCAGCCUUCCUUGCCUAAGGUUCCCUCUGCCUAUUCCUCUGCAUUCAGACAUCUUCCAUCAUACCAGUGUUUAGAACCAAAGCAUGAAGGACUAGUGCCAGCAGGAUAAAUAUUAUCUCUUGAUCCAGGCGGAUGAGCCCAGAAGGAUGGUCCCAGAGAAACCAGACUGGCCCCAGUAGAUAUCAGGCAGCCAUCCCAAUAAACUUUGACUUGUCCUUGGCACUGGGAGCCUGGGUAGGAGAUCCUGGGGCAGCUGUGCCUAUUGUUCCCCAGGCUAAGAUCUUCCUGCCUAGAGAACUAGCAGCCCUGGGGUACUUACGAGUAUGCUACUGGCUUGUUGUUAUGAAACAGAAGGUGGCUUUGUAGGGGCCAGCAGGCAAAGUGAGGCAGGCAGGUGGCUUGUGCUGGAGAGUUUUAACAGUCCAGCUGUGGCCAGAGGCUGGUUAUAAAUUUGAACUCCUUGAGCCCAUCUGCAACUCUGCCUCUGUUCUUUUGCCUUCUGUUUGGUUUCCCUUUAGUUUCCUAGUAAAUAUUCCUUUUGAAAAA